AUGAUCACAGAGCGUCGUCAGCAAAGCACCGCUUCCGCGGCCACGAAGGCCCACUCCGCGCUCGCCGCGGACGCCACUAGCCCCCAGACACCGCGCUUCGCCCCGGGCGGCAGCACCGGCGAUGCGUCCGCGCCAUCGACGCACUACGGCGCCGGGCCGCGCCAUUUCGACACCUCGGGCGGGCGCCGCCUCGGACCCGGCUUCGACCGCGAGGAGGUGACGUCGCGGCCUGCGAAGCAGCAGCCCGGGGAGAAGGACGAGUCGCAGUUCGACCUGACGCAGCUCCAGAAGACCGCUGUCAGGAAGUUGGUGGGUUAUACUCGGUACGACAGGAACCCGGCGCUGCUCGCGAUGCCGUGCGGGACCGGGAAGACGGUGGUCAUGGGCCGGCUGGCUGGGACGCACAGCCCGCGCCAGGAUCAGCUGUGCGACGCUGGCGGGAAGCCGUUUCAGGUCGUGGUGGUGGUGAGCCCGCUCAGCAUCAUCGCGGAGCAGAACCUGCGGCGGCUGAGCAAGUUCAUGCCCGACGCGACGCUCAUCCGCGGGUACGGCGAGCCCAAGGCGGACGGGGAGGAGGAGACGGACGAGAGCGACAGCGACAGCAGCGACAGCGCCGGAAACGCGCGCGCUGCGUCGUCCCGCGACGGAUCGCCGUACCUCACUGGCGACAAGCUGCAGGAGGCGGUCGAGAAGGCGUGCGCUGCGUCGGGGAGCGGCCGCGUGCUCGUGUCGACCGUCGAUCGCUACUCAGCGAAGUCGAGCGCGCUCCGCGUCCUCGACGGGCUCCUGGCGGCGCAGGGGCGUGCACCGAGGGGAGCAGACGGCGCCGUGCCGCGGGGCGUCAAGGUCCGGUGCCUGCUGUUCGUGGACGAGGCGCACAACUGGAGCAACAGCGCGGUGCGGCUGUGGGACGUGGUGGGCGCGGCGGAGCGCGCGGUGAUGGUGACGGGGACGCCGCCGGGUCCGCUGAUCGCGGCGUGCGGCGGGGAGGCGUGCCACCAGAUGCGUCUUGACGAGGCGAUCCGCGCAAAGUACGUGACCGACUACAAGAUCUGUUUCGACGGCAAUCCGUGGCCGAAGAAGUCGGAGUGGAAGGACGUCUACAACAGCAUGACGAAGGCGGCGCGCUUCCUGGUCGCGGGGAUGCUCGCGGGCGACCGGAACGCAUGCUACUUGCGAUGCAUUGCCUACUGCGGUUCGAAGGCGUACUGCGAGGAUCUGGAGGCUGCGUUCAGGGCCGAGUGCGCAGCGGCGGGCAGGGAGAGCGUGGUGGGCCGCAUCGUGGACGGCGUGAGCGCGGACGGCCGCAGGGCGGCGAUGGAGGCGUUCUCGGCGCCGGAUGCACGUGACAACUCUGGGUUCGCGCCGCUGCGGCUGCUGACGUCGGUGUCGAUCUUGAACGAGGCCGUGGACCUGCCCCCGACGGACUGCAUCUUCGUGUCGCGGCCGACGGACCCGAAGUCGUUUUCCGCGGCGAGCGUCUGCAAGGUGGUUCAGCGGCUGUGCCGCAGCGUGCGCAAGGACGCUGACAAGGCGGUCCGCGGCGUCGACGGGUGCGCGUUCGUGUUCGCGCCGCCGGAUUCCGACCGCGCGAGCACGCAGGUCGACGUCAUGGAGGCAACGGACGGCGCGGCAGCCUCGCGCACGUACGCGAUCACGUACGACGCGAACGCACCGGGGUCCGCGGCGUCGGGCCGCCGCGAGGACCUCACCGAGCUGGUCCACUGGCGCACCGUGCUUGAGGAGGCCAAGGCUGACCUGGCGACGGGCAGCUGGACCGAGUGGCUGAGGCUCCGUGUGGAUCGUCAGAUGUUCCAGACAUGCAACGUUCUGGCGCCGGGUACGCACAUCCUCAACAGCGUGGUCUCCGAGGACCAGGCGAGGGCGGUGCGCGAGGAGCUGCUCGGGUCAAGCAUGCAGAACAGGCUCGGGGCGGCGCCGGCGCCACCUCUCGUGCAUUUGGUGCCGGCGAACGACAGGAAGGUCACGAGCGCGGUGCUGGACGUGGCCGCGGAGCUGCUGGGCGUCGACUUCGCGGCGGUGGCCUCCGUCAAGACCAAGGGUCAGAAGACGAUGCGGCGGUACCUGAUCGCGAGCUGCGGAAAGCCGGAGAGGGAGGUCGCGGACGCGCUGCGGCAGGCGUGGGGCAGGGUCAAGGAGAUGAAGGCGGAGGAGCUGAGCAGGCACGAGGUGUUCCCUCGCCUGAGCAUGGACGGCCUGAAAGCCGUCAUCUGCGCGCUGACGGGGUGCGAGCCGGGCGGCAGCAAAAAGCGGCCGCUUGUGGACAGGGUGCUGGACGCUGUCGAUGAGGGCGGGCCGGACACGGAGCGCGAGGCGUACCUCGCGCUGCUCGGAGCGCUCGAUCGCGAGGCGAUCCUGAGGAUGCAGGACCUGGACAGAGCAGCGCUCGAGCACAUGGCUCGUGUCGUCAUCUGCGAGGGCUGCUGGGCCGGUGUCGAAACGAAGGCCGCCAUCUUCGACUAUAUGUACGAGUACCUGGCGACCGGGACUGUUCCCGAGCUGGACACGGCGGCGAAGGUCAUCCUGCGCAAGGUGCGGCAGAAGGACCUCAAGGCGUGUCUGCAGCUGCUGGAGCCGAAGCUGCUGGAGCGUGUGCCGGCCUCGGCCCGGGCAUCGGGAGCCAGUUCCGACCGCAUGCGGGAGGGCGUGCAGGCGACGCUGGACAACGGAAGCGCCGACGUGCGGCGGGGCGUGUACACGGCGCUUCUGCGCGCCCUGGUCCAGACGGGGGGCCUCGAGAACAAGAGCAUCAUCCCGGACAAGACGCUGCCGGUGCUGAAGAAGGAGCUGGGCCUGGCGUCGCGCGGCAAGGAGGAGCGAGGCAGCCACAUCAUGGCGCUGAAAGCCUUCCUGACUGACAGCGGGUUCGCCGACACGGCAGCACCUGCGCCUGCGGCGCGGUCCUCGUCAGUUGCGACGUCGCAGACGCCACCGUCCAGGACAGCAAGCUCUACUCCGAUCGUCAAGCACAUGCGCAAGAUGGACCUGGACAAGUGCCGCGAGCUGCUGUCUCCUAGUCUCUGGUCUGCGUAUGUCAAGGGCACGAAUCAUGCCAGCAUGCAAGCGGGCGUGCAGGCGAUGCUGGACGAGAGCGCCGCCGACGUGCGGCGGGACGUGCACAGGGCGCUGCUGCGCGCCCUGGUCCAGACGGGGGGGCUCGAGAACUCAAGGGUGAUGGCAAACACGAGGCUCAACGCUCUCGCGGACGAGCUGGGCGUUCGGUGCGGGGGCAGGGACAGCAUCAUCCAGGCCCUGCGAGACUUUGACGCGCGUUGA